ACAUGCUAACAGUUUCCUUCUCAACUCUUCAAAUACUUGAUGUGCUAUCAAGAACUUUGCAAUCCAGUACCUACUACAAGUAGGAGUUAUCGAUGCUCACAUUGACAUCACUGGUGGCUCAGGAGCUUAGACCCAUAAUCAGCUUUGAGUUCAGAAUAGUAUCAAUAAGAAGUGGAGCAGUCUGAGGCAUGUAUGUGACGGUGUGAGGAGCACAGCUGCCACACAUGACUGCACUGUUGAUGUUGGAGUCACAUGGGACCCCAAAGGACCUGACCUAAAAGAAUGAGUAAAAGGGGGAGGAGGAGAAGCAGCCGGCGCCGGAAGAGCUCCAGCAGCCGCAAACAGAGCACCUCCCAGUAUAUCAGCCCCAAGAACAAUAACGAAGAAGCUGAAAAGAGUCACUCUGACUCCUUUGGGAAAGAAAAUGCAGACUUAGAAGAUGAUGGAAAACAUCUUCCACCGAAAGAAAAAAAGUUUAAGUAUGACUGUCAAGUCAAUGUCUUUCAAAAUCAGAGAAAUAUUUACACCGCAACAACAAAUGAUGAAGCAAAAGGUGUGAAAAUUGUGACAUCUGUGUCUGUGGAGGAUAUGGACAAUUCAACUCCAAACAUCACGUUCCAGCAAUUACAGGAACCCCUGGAGACAAAUCCAGCCAAACCAGGAAGUAGCAUCAUGAAGAUUAACUGCCAAGGGUCAAAGGUCAAACUAGAGCUGCAAGAGACUAAUACAGCUGGAGUUAAGACUUCAUUUGUUGUAUAUAAUGAGAAAGGAGAUGGUCUUGAGACAGUCUUUAGGAGUAUAUGUGAGAGGAUCCCCUGUAAUGAUCAAUCAUCACCUGCCUGGACUGUCCACAGCCAGUACACACCAAACUUUAGCUUCUCCUUCAGUAGUAACAACCAACCACAGGAAUGUCCAUCAACAACCAUCAGUUCAUCAAAUUUUUUGGAAAGUUCAGGCAGCAACCAACAUUGUCUUGAUCAUCAAACCUUCCCAUUGUCUAAUAGCUCUUUAGAUCAACCACCUCUUGCCUAUAUUCAACCUAGAAGAAAAUAUUUUGGUAGAGGAUACAGCAGCGACCAAUCCCACAAUAUCACUCCUCCAAACCGAGAAGUUGCAGACAGUAAGUGCAACACUUUGGAUGAUCUUAUUCUUGGUGUAUCAUCAUGUAGAAUUGACACUUGCAGUCCUAGUUACAAACAAGGAGAGUCUUUUACCAAAUUGGAAAAUUCAUAUUCUUUAGAAGUGGGGGGUGGACUUGACCUUGAGCAGUUGUCCGACUCUGGCUAUGACCCUACGUCUAUGAGACCUUCUGUGUCAACAAACAGGUCCAGUUUUACAGACUUUAUCAACUCUCAGAAAACAAAAUCAUGGGUCAGAAACAACAGCAUUGCUACGGUGGAGCACAAAACAUGCUCAUUUCCAAAAAAGAGACGUCAGACAUUCCCAAGACUAUUACGUACCUCUGGAUCUCUCCAAGAAGAUCAUCUUAUGCAUUUCAGGGAGCCCUUUUCGUCAGAUACAACCUCCUCUUUGUAUCACCAUACUCAAAGUGACAGGCAAGGAAGUAUAAAUAUGGAUGAUGACAAGUUUGCAGUAAUCCGAAGUUAUAAUGCAAAUAAAGUUAGGGAGAAGUGUAGUAGAAUAAGCAGCAGGGGGUAUACGUGCAUAGAUGUGGGUAUACAGGGCACUGACCAAACGUUUGUGGAUGGCAUUAACACUGAUCACCAAAGUGACAAAAGAGACUGUGUAUUUGAGCAAGAAAAUUGUCAGAUAAGUUCAGAGUUGCCAUCAGAUCAGCUAAACCAGAGAACUUUAGCCAUACAAGUCAUACCUCCAUCAUGUUGUACAUCGGUGGAACAGAUGCUCCAACCCACAAGAUGUACUCUGGGAAUUGCACAAGACUUUGACAUGAUUUCUUCAGAGGAAGUGACAGAGGAUAUUGUCCCAGAAAAUAAAGGGAUUGCUAGUUAUUUUUCAUCAACAAUAAGUGGAGAGAUUUCUGAGCUUCCUUCAGAAAGUGGCCGACAUGACCCUCUCAAAAGUAUAUCUCUAGCUUGUCUUGCUUCAAAACAGCAAACCAAUGAAGAAGAAAAGAUGACAUUAUGUAGAUCGGUUUCAGAUACCAAAGAGCUUCUUAAACCUGUGGAGAGUGGAGGUCCCGAUCACUGGGCCAAAAGGCGAAAAAUGUUCAAAGAGAGCAAACAGAAGAGCUCUACAGGGGAGGGCUCCAUAACCAGUGACAUCACAGACGGGUCCGUGUCUGAAGAUGCUCCAUCUCUGGACAUGACAACUCAGGACACAGAAGUAGGAGGCUUUUACACUGAAACUUUCCACUCUGCAGCAUGGGUUUACCAUGGAGACAAUGACACCACAGGAGCCAUCCCACCCACUCUAAACAGCAGGAGCAGAGUUGUAUCAAUUCGAGAAAGGACGGUCAGAAUAAACAAAGGAACAGGAGACUACCCCUGGGGUUUCAGGAUCCAGUUCUCAAAACCCAUUGUUGUCACGGAAGUCGAUACCAAUGGAGCAGCGGAGGAGGCAGGCCUGAUGGUGGGGGACUAUGUUCUGGCUGUCAAUGGGACAGAUGUUACCAGCAUCCCCCAUUCGGAGGCAGCAGAUUUGGCCAGACAAGGGCCAGACGUUUUAACACUGAUUAUUGGAUCGGACAUUGCUCGUGGCCCUAACACCCCUCGUCCCGGAUGCCGCGGCUACCUUCACAAGCGCACCCAGUCUGGCCUCAUAAAAGGGUGGAGGAAGCGAUGGUUUGUGCUGACACAUGACUGCUGCCUGCACUACUACAGGCACAAGCGGGAUGAAGGUAAAAGACUGGCUUUGUGCACGAUAAAGCUGGAAGGAGCCGAGGUUGGGCCAGAUCUCUCGCUGGGAAAACAGUUUGUGUUCAAAUGUCGCCCCCUGCUGGAAAAUCGCGUGUACUUUUUCUGUGCCACAUCGAACCAGGAGAUGAAAAGGUGGAUAGAGGCUCUAGAGAAAGCCAUUCAUCCAGUUACUCAGAAUCACGUGUGGGUGGAUGUGACACGACACAACUCUAACCUGCCUCCUCUGGCUGUGAAAAAUCCAGAGUGUCUCGGACUGCUCCACAAAAUGGACAGAAUUAAAGACAUGUGGAUCCAAAACUACUGUAUUCUGAAGGAUGGCUGCUUGUACCUCUACAGUGGCAUACGUGCCACACAUGCCCAUGGUGGCAUAUAUCUUCAGGGUUACACAGUGAGAGAGCAGUCAUACGGAUCCAGGAAAUGCACGAUUGAACUGAAACCUCCAUCUGAUGAAUUCAAGAGUUUCUACCUCUGUGCUGAAAACCCCAACGAUAACAAACGAUGGCUUGCUGCCAUUAAGGCUUCAAUUAAAAAAUGGUUGCCUUUGCAUCAAGCACUUCAAGAUUAUAAUAAUCAUGCACCUGAGGAGACCAGGAUGUGAAGCGCACACUCUGCUGCUCUUUGGUUAAGCCACAUAGUUCUAGUGACAUGACUUUUUACAUGUGAAAUGGCCUCUUGAAAACAGAACUUUUGUUUUUCUUUGAUGCAGAUAAAUAAUGUUUUGAUACCACUCAUAGAUAAACAUACUUAAUAAAUUAAUAAUGUAUGAAUAAUUUACAGUCAUUGCCAAAUAUUAUUAUUAAGUGUUGAGUAAGGCCUUUAUUUGAACCAACAACAUCAACAUCAG